ACAGAAAGCAAAACAUCAUUUGGAUUAACAGAAAAUUUGUAAAUUAUUUAAAUUAGCAGAAUUUUAUGAUAAAUUUGUCUAAGCAAUUAAGUUAAUAACAGAAGUUUAUUUUUACACAUUGUUACACAAUAGAAAUAAAAUAUGAAUGGAAUUUAAAAUUUAUAUCUUACGCAUAUAUUCAGUGCAUCUAUAGAUAAUAUAUGUAUGUAUUUACCGAUGUUUCUAUACAGUUCGUCGGCUAGCUGAACGAGAGAAAAUGCUAAGGUUAUUGCGGUGUACGUACUUGUAUUUAUAUUAUUAACAUUUAUAAAAUGGCAUUUAUAACGUAUGAACGUUUAUCUUCGAUAAUUUAGUUAAGGGUAUUGAAAAUAAUAUUUAAAAAAUGCUAGUAAAUCAACAAAAUGCGAUGUUUGUACGCAUCGGCUCAGCUCUGUUUUAUGGACUAUCGUCGUUUAUGAUAACGGUGGUGAACAAAAUGGUCCUUACUACUUUCGGCUUUCCAUCUUUUCAAGUUUUGGGAAUAGGACAAAUGUUAGCCACUAUUUUCGUUCUUUUCCUGGCGAAGAAGUUACGCUAUGUCGACUUCCCUAACCUCGAAGGCGCGACGUUCAUUAAGAUCUGGCCGUUGCCAAUGAUUUAUAUUGGUAAUAUGAUCUUCGGAUUGGGUGGCACAAAACAACUCAGUCUACCGAUGUUUACUGCUCUAAGACGAUUCAGUAUCCUCAUGACAAUGAUCGCGGAAUACUACAUUCUUGGGAUCAAGGCUCGCGCUUCCAUACAGCUUAGCGUCUACACGAUGGUGCUGGGUGCCUUAAUUGCUGCAUUAAACGAUCUUGCCUUUAAUCUUGAGGGUUACAUCUUUAUAUUGUUGAAUGAUAUUUUUACUGCCGCAAAUGGAGUGUAUAUGAAGAAAAAGCUGGAUUCCAAGGAACUGGGAAAAUAUGGAUUGAUGUAUUAUAAUUCACUCUUCAUGGUGAUACCAGCAAUCAUAAUGGCAUGGUGGACAGGAGAUAUUCAAAUGGUGUCUGACUUUCCUUAUUGGACAAAUAUUUUAUUCGUUCUACAAUUUGCUUUGUCCUGUGUGAUGGGCUUUAUAUUGUCUUACAGUGUCAUCCUUUGCACGCUAUAUAAUUCUGCACUGACUACAACGAUUAUAGGAUGUUUAAAAAAUAUUUGUGUAACUUAUCUUGUUUCAGAGAUUUCAGCAAUACGAAGAUUUUCUACGUACAAAGCCUUUGAAGAAGAUUAUGCUAAACAUCAUAUAUUUUUAUCUUCCUUUCAACGAGCGGCCCUCUCCGUAGGAUCAGCGAUUAUAUCACUGGCCGACCCGUCCCGUGCCGAUCUGAUAGCAUCUCUUGCAGAAACUACAUCUGGAAAUGCUCUUGUGUACUGUCUAAAUGAAAUGCAGAAAUCACCUGAAGGUCAGCGGAUUUUAAAAGAAAAACCACGUAUAAAUACUUCGACCAUAGAUUUAUCAUUAUUGAAAGAUUUACCGGAAGGCACACUUGGAAAAACGUAUAGCAAUUUUUUGGAAGUGAACAAUGUAACACCAGAUUCUAGGGCACCGACGAGAUUUAUUGAUGAUGUCGAACAAGCAUACGUUAUGCAACGAUAUCGCGAGAUACACGAUAUCUCUCAUGCAGUUUUGUUGAUGCCUACAACGAUGCUUGGAGAAGUCACAGUGAAAUGGGUAGAAGCACUUCAAACACAAUUUCCAAUGUGUAUCGGAGGAGCAAUAUUUGGAGCGGCCCGUUUACGAGCGAGACAAAGAAAAUUAUAUUUGGAUUAUUAUCUUCGGUGGGCAGUAAAUACUGGAAAUAAUGCUAAAUUUUUAUUAGGUGUUUACUUUGAAGAACGAUGGGAACAACCUCUCCGAGAUUUUCAUAAGGAGAUGAACAUCGUUCCUCUUAUCCCAAUGUCAUAAUGUGCGUUGUGAUAAUGUUAUUAUGUAAAUUUCCGUUACAGCGAUAGUUUGUUGAAUGAUACAGUUUUAUCCAGGUUGCUCUUAUAGAGAGCGAAGAGAUCCCUAAGAAUUCUUUCUGUAAAAAUACGCAUUAUUUACAUGAUAUAACAAUUUUUAUUGAUUAUAACACUGGAAAUAUUAAGAAUAUAAUUUUUAAUGGGA